UUGUUGUCUGUAUAACAUAUAUGUACAAUGUGUGCAUUGAAAGAUUGAAAAUUGAACUUUUUGACAAAUAUACAAAGUGUCCCAGCGCAUGUGAAGUGCACCAGAAAAUUCUUGAUAUUACGAAGAUUAUUUCGUAACAAAUAUUUGUGGUCAAAAUAACGGUAUAAUGUCAUUAAUUGCGUAAUAAAAAACAAAGUCGCGGUGCAUUUUAUUAUAUCUUAUCCGAUCUGAUCUCGUUUUAUUUGAUACAUCCCAGCGAACCGAGAAGCAGAAUCAGUUAUUGGUAGUAGAUUUAAUCAGAAUGAUGCGACAGAUAGGUGCCGUACGACAUAUAUAAGCAUUAAUGGAACAGCGGACUCUAUUAGUUCCAUUAUUCGUCUUUGGUAUUUCGUUACUUGACGUAGCGUUGCUCCACCGAAGAAAAACUUUAUCUGCAUUUCCGGACAUAUCAUAUUAGUAUACAAAAAUGAAGUGAAGCUUACAGACAGACGUAAUAGAAAAGGUGGAACAACUUCUUUUGAAGAAGAGGGCAAGAUAUUUGUUUUCUUUGAGAACACGAGACUUCAGGAUUAUUGAAUAUUAGUAAUCGUAGAAAAAACAUGGAGGACGGUAUACCGUGUCUAGAUGACAUUGUCAUUGCAGGCAUUUCAGGCCGUUUUCCCGAGUCAUCGAAUAUGGAAGAGUUUAAAGAGAAUCUAAUGAAGCAAAUGGACAUGGUGAAUGAUGACGAGCGCCGUUGGCCAGCAAGUAUGUGCGGGCUACCGCACAGAUCCGGCAAGAUUAAAGACCUCAGCACUUUCGAUGCCUCUUUCUUCGGGGUGCAUCCUAGACAGGCACACGUGAUGGACCCGCAACUUCGUCUGCUGCUAGAAGCAACGUACGAGGCGAUAGUCGAUGCCGGCGUCAAUCCUUCAACCAUAAGAGGAUCGCGUACUGGCGUGUUUGUCGGUGCUUCCGCUUCGGAGUCCGACGAUUUUUGGUCGAAGGACCUGGACAGCGUAAACGGAUACGGAUUGCUCGGCUGUUGCAGAGCGAUGUUCUCCAACAGAAUUUCCUUCGCGUUCAACUUCGUCGGGCCGAGCUGCACGUUUGACUCUGCUUGUUCCUCGAGCUUGUCCGCCUUGCACUACGCGAUUGCCACGAUGCGCGCCGGCGAGUGCGACAGCGCGAUCGUCGGCUCGGUGCACCUCCUGCUGAAACCGGCGAAUACACUUCACUUCCAGAAGUUGAAUCUGCUGUCCCAGGACGGUAAGUGCAAGGCUUUCGAUGCCGCGGCUGACGGAUACGUCAGGUCUGAGGCGGUGGUGGCGGUGUACCUGCAGAAGGCGAAGGACGCACGGCGAAUAUACGGCACGGUGAUCGGCACAAAAAUUAACAACGACGGCUACAAGCCCCAGGGUAUCACGUAUCCCAGUGGCAAGAUGCAGAAUCAAAUGCUGCGUGAGGUGUACAGCGAGGCGAAGAUCGAUCCUGCUGACGUGGUCUACGUGGAGGCGCAUGGUACUGGCACCGAACUCGGCGAUUUCGAAGAAGUGAAUUCCAUCGAUAAGAUGUUCUGCGAGAACAGGAAGACACCGCUGCUAAUCGGUUCGGUGAAAUCCAACAUGGGACACGCGGAACCCGCCAGCGGACUCUGUUCGAUCGCCAAGGUGUUAAUCGCAAUGGAAACGGGCGUGAUCCCAGGAAAUUUGCACUUUGCCAUCCCGAAUCUGAACAUUCCUGCGUUCGAGGAAGGACGCAUACGCGUGAUCGACAAGGCGACACCGUGGAACGGCGGUUUCGUAGGCAUUAGCUCGUUCGGCUUUGGUGGCGCGAACGGCCACGUCAUCCUACACAGCAACCCCAGGCCGAAGUUACCGCCAACGUUGAAUACUGGAUUGCCAUCCAAGCUGGUCUUGGUGUCGGGUCGCACAGAGGAGGCUGUACACACGUUGCUGGAGAAGGCGAAGGAGCACAGGGGAGACGAUGAGUUCCUCUCACUGCUACGUGUCGUGCACAAAGAUAAGAUAUUAGAACACAGAGUCCGUGGCUAUGGGGUAUUCGACGGCGACGGCAGCACGCGUGAAAUAAUUGCAACAACGAAGAACGAUGAACAGCGUCCUAUUUGGUUCUUAUUUUCCGGCAUGGGCGCUCAAUGGCCGGGUAUGGGCAAGCAACUGCUCGGCAUCCAAGUUUUCCAGCGCAGUCUGCGACGUUGUGCGGAUGCACUGCUGCCUUACGGUGUCGAUCUCAUGAAUAUUAUCCUGAACGGCACCGACGAAACGUACAAAAAUGUGACAAACACUUUUGUGUCAACCGUAGCCAUACAGAUCGCCCUGGUAGACGUAUUGACGUCGAUAGGCAUCCAGCCGGACGGGAUAGUCGGACACUCCGUUGGAGAAUUGACUUGCGCUUAUGCCGAUGGCACGGUUACGCUGGAGCAAACCGUCUUAAUGGCCUACUUCAGAGGCGAUGCAGUUGUAAGUUCCAAGUUGGAACCAGGUGCUAUGGCAGCUGUCGGCCUGAGUUGGGAGGAAGCCAAGAAGAUAUGUCCGCCCGAUAUCAUCCCUGCCUGUAAUAACUCCGCAGACCUGGUCACUGUUUCCGGUCCGGUCGAAUCUUUGCGGGCGUUCAUGGAGCAACUGAAAAGCAAGAACAUCUUCGCCAAGUUGGUCGACAGCUGUGGGCUUGCUUUUCACAGCAAGUACAUCGCUGCGUCCGAGUCUAAGAUGCGGGCCUCGCUCGAUCGAAUCGUGCCAAGCUUCAAACGGAGAUCGGCCAAAUGGAUCUCCAGCUCGGUGCCCGAGGCCGCGUGGAACGCUCCGAUCGCUCAAUUCAGCUCACCAGCCUACUUCGUGAAUAACCUGCUGUCCCCCGUGCUCUUCCGCGAGGCGAUGACGCACGUUCCAGAAAACGCGGUCACGAUCGAGAUCGCGCCGCACGGUCUGCUACAAGCGGUUCUACGUAGGUCGCUACCCGGGACAGUAGCCAAGAUCAGUCUCCAGAAACGAGAUCACGUAAAUAAUCUGGCCUUUCUACUAUCCAACAUAGGUAAACUGUACACGGUCGGCGCACAACCCGACAUCCUUAAGUUGUAUCCGCCGGUGAAUUUUCCUGUUGCUCGCGGAACGCCGAUGAUCGGAUCGCUGGUCAAAUGGGACCACUCUAUCACGUGGAAAGUGCCCACUUAUCACGAGAUAACUUCAGGACGAGCGGGAGACUACGUCGUCACGGUCGAUCUAUCGAGUGAAACGGACGCGUACUUGGCAGGACAUCGACUGGAGGGACGAGUCUUCUUCCCGGGCGUUGGCUAUCUGGUUUUCAUCUGGAAGAUCUUCGCACGAAUGCACGGCGCCCAUUUCGAACGACUGCCGGUGGUCUUCGAGAACGUGCAUUUUCAACGCGCCACGAUUGUACCGAAAGACGGCGCGAUAACAUUCUUGAUAAACAUCUUCAGAGAAACGGGCCAUUUCCAAAUCUGUGAAUCCAACUCGGUCGUCGUCACCGGAAACGUACGCGCGUCGAAGAAUAUCAGGAAGGAGCAGUUGGAUUUGCCGGCAUUGUCACCGCCUAGCGACAAGGAGAACCUGCCGAUGAAUGCUAGAGACGUUUACAAAACGUUGAAUCUGCAAGGAUACGAGUACGGUGGUAUCUUCCAAGGCAUUAAAUCCUGCGACAGUUACGGGGCAACCGGCGCGCUGCACUGGUUCAACGAGUGGAUCCCGUACAUAGACAGUAUGCUCCACUUUUCCGCAGCCACGGCCUCUCACAGACUGACGUUUAUGCCGACGUACAUUCAGCGCGUUGCGAUCGAUCCCGUUUUUCAUACACAACUCGUCGAAAAAUUAUCGGAGCUUGGAAUACCAGUAUAUAAUUACAAGGACAUCAACGUCAUCAAAUCCGGUGGUAUCGAGGUGAGAGGAUUCAGGACUGCUUUGGCCCCGCGGCGAAAGCAGGCUCAAGCUAGGCAUGAACGGUACACCUUUGUACGGUACGACAAUCCGCACAGUCUGGCAGGAGAUCCAUGGAUGGGGCAAUUGCACGCGCUCACUGUGCUGCUGCAAAUCGUGCGCGAGAACGUUGCAACAUCGAAGAUCAGGGCGGUGGAAGUUGCAAACGAACAAACGAACGCUCUUCUGACACCACUAAUAUCGGACAUUUUCCAUGGGGAACCCUCGGUCAUUCUCGACCUGCAAGUGUCCAUUGCAUCGGCCGACAAUUACAAAGAAGUUUUCAACGAAACAAAGAUAAACGGUGACUUUGUGACGCAAGAUGCGAGUCAUGGCGCGAUUCCUGCUCGGGAUAUGCAUCUUGUUAUUGCGACGGAUAUUUUAUCCAAUAAAUCUUUUCACGUUUUCGAAAAUCUAACGGCUGCCUUGAGGCCUGGAGGUUUUAUUCUUCUACAAGAAUCCGCCAAGCAACUUGACUGGAAAAUUCUGCUGAAGGAAAGAAACCUGACAUUGGCUGGAAGACAGAUUGAUCCUGUAGGAAAGAGUUAUCUAUUAUUUAAAAAACGGAAGAAGACGGGAAAGCCGAUCGUAAUACGGAUAGCGGAGAAAAUUUUUUCGUGGCUGGAAAGCGUGAAGGAGGCGCUAAAAAAGUCCGCUAACGAAGAUGAGGAAGCUCGGGAAGUGAUCCUUGUGUCUCAGGACGAUGAAUUAUCCGGUCUAGUCGGAUUCAUGACUUGCAUGCGAUAUGAAGUCGGCAGUACAAACGUGCGCUACGUUCUCGUCCAAGAUAAGGACGCGCCCAAGUUUGAUUUAUCCGUGCAAUUCUAUGCGGAUCAGCUCAAUAAGGAACUGGUGGCUAACGUGUUGAAGAGAGGACAAUGGGGUAGCUAUCGGCACUUACUGUUGAAUCAGAGCAGUGCGUCUUCACAAGUGGAGCACGCUUACAUAAAUACGUUGAUAAGGGGAGAUAUAAAAACUCUAAGAUGGAUUGAGAGCCCGUUGAAUUCUUAUCAGGCUGAUACAUCUCCAGACACGGCGCUCUGCAGCGUGUACUACGCAUCGUUGAAUUUUAGGGACGUCAUGUUGGCGAACGGCAAGUUGUCACCGGACGUCUUCCCAGGAAAAUUAACUACGGAAGAGUGUCCAUUGGGACUAGAGUUCUCUGGCAGAGAUGCGGAUGGUCGCCGCGUGAUGGGUAUCAACUGCAGAUCCGGCGCGCUGGCGAUUACCGUGCUGGCGGAUCUCAGCUUCGCCUGGGAGGUGCCCGAUGAGUGGACGCUGGAGCAAGCAGCGACGGUACCGGUCGUCUACGCGACCAGCUACUACGCUCUGCUCGUGCGGGGUCAAUUGAAGGCGGGCGAAAGCAUAUUAAUCCACAGCGGUGCAGGUGGCGUCGGUCAGGCGGCAAUCGCUGUCGCUUUGCACUUAGGGUGCACGGUUUACACUACCGUCGGCACGCUGGAGAAGCGAGAAUUUCUCAAGAGGGUCUUCCCGCAGUUGACCGACAGGCAGAUCGGCUGCUCGCGGGAUACGAGUUUCGAGCAACUGAUCCUCACGGAGACGCGCGGUCGCGGGGUCGACGUGGUAUUGAACUCACUGGCCGAGGAGAAGCUGCUGGCCGGCAUACGAUGCCUCGCUACGAAUGGCCGCUUCCUCGAGAUCGGCAAGUACGACUUGUGGAACGAUAAUCCCUUAGGCAUGUCGAUGUUUCUGAAGAACAUCUCCUUCCACGGUAUACUGCUGGAGAUGUUGUUCGAAGACUACGCGGAGAGGCAGAGAGUGAUGGAACUCGUUUCCGGAGGGAUCAAGAAUGGCACGGUGCGCCCGUUGAUCUCGACCGUCUUUCUUAUAGAGCAGUUUCAGGAGGCAUUUAAAUUCAUGGCAAGCGGCAGGCACAUCGGGAAAAUAUUACUGAAGAUCCGGGAUGAAGAGCCGGUGGAGUGUACAGUGCCUAUGCCGAGAACAGUGACCGCCGCAUCGCGUACUUACAUGAACCCGAAGAGGUCGUACGUACUGGUCGGCGGUCUCGGUGGGUUCGGCUUGGAGUUGGCCGACUGGAUGAUCACUCGCGGUGCCAGGAACGUCGUUCUAGUAUCGCGCACGGGCAUUCGCACCGGCUACCAAGCACUGUGCGUGCGCCGGUGGCGCGAAAAUGGUGUACGGGUCGUGAUCUCGACAGCGGACGCUACUGCGACAGCGGGUGCCGAACGUUUAAUCGAAGAGAGCAACCGACUGGCGCCCGUAGGCGGUAUAUUUAAUCUGGCGGUCAUUCUGCGCGAUACCUUGAUUGAGAACAUGAAGGAGGAGGAUCUGAAGACGGUGAUUUCACCGAAAGCCGACGUCACGAGGAACUUGGACGCGGUGUCGAGGAAAUGCUGCCCGUUGCUGGAUUACUUCGUCGUAUUCUCAUCCAUGUCGUGCGGUCGUGGCAACUUGGGCCAGUCUAACUACGGUCUCGCGAACUCGAUCAUGGAAAGAAUUGUGGAGCGGAGGCAGGCCGACGGAUUGCAUGGUCUUGCCAUCCAAUGGGGAGUUAUCGGAAACGUCGGAUUAGUCAUGGAAUCCACGGAGGGCAAUGACACCGUCAUAAACGGUACGGUGCCGCAACAGAUAUCGAGUUGUCUCGCGACCAUGGACAUCUUCCUGCAACAACCACAUCCAAUAUUAAGUUCAAUGGUAGUAUCCGAGAAGCAUCAAACAGCGAACAGUGACGACAAAAUCGAUCUUGUCAGCGCUGUCCUCAAUACAUUAGGCAUUAAGGACAGCAGUACAAUGAAUCCUCACGAUACCCUAAACAGCAUGGGUAUGGACUCGCUAACGAACGUCGAAAUAAAGCAGACUCUCGAGAGGAACUACGAUAUCAUAUUGUCAUUGCAGAAGAUCGGGGCCCUAACGGUCGCCGAACUGCAACAAAUGUCUUCGACACGAAAUGUCGAAAUAAUAAAACACUAGCACUCUACUGCCGCUAGCACAAUUACGAAGAUAUGUAUUAAAUUAUACAUUUUCGAUCAAACCUAUCACAUUAACUAUCAGAAGUUUUGGAAAGAGUAUUUAAUAAAAGUAUAGUAAUUUAAUUACACCUUUCUCAAAACUUUUGAUAGUUGCAAUAUCUAUCAUACUGUGUCUUUCUCAUAAUUAUGUAUAUAUAAUAUGCUAAAUAAUUAUAUUUUUAUAUAUAUUAAUUUCACAAAAGUAUGUGUAUGUAUAGU